CCUAUUUUUGUUGAUUUGUAAAUACCGUUGAUUUUUCGCUGUUCGAAAAUGUCACGAGCAUCGGUGGCUUCAACAACCAACCUCCCCCAGAGAUCUCCGAUCAACAUCACUUUCAAGGACCUCUCAUAUAAACUGUCUCACAAAAAAGGUCCAAAAGUAAUUCUGAAAUCACUCAAUGGACGGAUUAGGUCCGGGGAGCUGACUGCCAUCAUGGGACCAUCCGGUGCCGGGAAAAGUACCCUGAUGAAUAUUCUAGCAGGUUAUAAGACAUCACAUGUAACCGGUUUGAUUCAAAUCAACAACAAUAAAAGGGAGUUAGCCAAGUUUCACAAGCUGUCCUGCUACAUAAUGCAAGAAGAUCAACUGAUGCCAUAUUUAACGGUUCGAGAAUCGAUGAUGGUGGCUUGCAACCUCAAACUGGAACCUCAAUUCGACAAGCAAUACAAGCUGGGGAUCAUAGAGGAAAUAAUUGAAAUGCUCGGACUGAAGGUGGCCGGAGAUACACAGGCCGUGGAUCUAUCCGGAGGCCAGAGGAAGCGGCUGGCCAUUGCCUUGGAGCUAGUCAACAAUCCUCCGGUGAUGUUUUUCGACGAACCGACCAGUGGUCUUGACAGUGCAACCUGUACCCAUCUGAUAGAUCUGUUGCAGUUUUUGGCACGUGGAGGCAGAACGAUUGUUUGUACGAUCCAUCAACCGUCGGCGCGGCUUUUCGAGAUGUUUGACCACUUGUACGUUUUGGCCGAAGGACAGUGUAUCUACCAGGGCGUUUCCGUACAGUUGGUCCCGUUCCUGGCAUCGGUAGGGCUCAAGUGUCCCAGCUACCACAAUCCCGCAAACUACGUGAUGGAAAUAGCAUGUGGCGAACAUGGAAACUGGAACGACAUUUUGGUGGCAGCCGUUAAAGAUGGCAGAUGUGCGGAUAUAACAAAUAUUUCCAGUAAUCGAUUUCCGAAAAGCGUUUCCAUCGCGGAUGAAACACUGAUGACAGUUGUGCCACUGAAAAGGGAUGAUUCCGAAUUAAGCUUUCCAGUUGAGGAAGAUGGUCAGAAAGGCAUGCUAGAAGAUGAUAGUAAUAUGAUUGAUCUGCAGGAAGAUAGUGAAAAGAGCUUGGGCUCACGAAGCAUCGAAGUCAGCAGACGGUCUAGUUUGGUCGAUGCAGGCCUUAUGGCGGCAAAAGCAAAACCAGAUGAACGGGCUUCAACGACAUGCAGCCUCAAGUUAGGUUCAUCUUUUCUUGUUUCUAAGGAGAGUGGUAUCGUUAAAAGAAGUGCCAGCAAGUAUCCUAUUUCGGAGUUUGGCCAGUUCUGGAUCCUUCUCAAACGCACUAUCCUUUCGGUAACCCGGGAUCAAGCUUUGACUCAGAUGCGACUGAUAGCACACGUGAUCGUUGGAGCCUUCAUAGGGAUGAUUUACUACGACAUUGGCCAGGAUGCUUCCAAGAUUUCCAGCAACGUCGGCUGUAUUUUCUUCACGGUGAUGUUCAUGAUGUUCACCGCCAUGAUGCCAACUAUUCUUAUUUUUCCUCGUGAUAUGGCUGUAUUCGUGCGAGAACACUUGAACUACUGGUACUCGUUGAGGGCUUUCUACUUGGCUAAAGUCGUUGCAGACAUGCCUGUUCAGAUUAUCUUGACCAGUGGCUACGUGAUAGUGGUGUACUAUCUCACGUCACAACCUAACGAUUUCGAGCGAGCUUUCAUGUUUGUGUUCAUCUGUGUGGAAAUUUCGCUUGUCGCUCAAAGUGUGGGACUUCUGAUCGGAGCUGGAAUGGAAGCCGAAACGGCAGUUUUUCUUGGACCCGUCUCGGCCAUACCAAUCAUUUUGUUUUCCGGAUUUUUCGUAAAUUUCAGAGUUAUACCUAAAUAUCUGCAAUGGUUGACCUACGUCAGCUAUCUGCGGUACGGCUUCGAGGGAGCUAUGCUUGCGAUCUACGGCAUGGAUCGAGAAGAGCUACAGGGCGUCAAUAUGUUUUGUUUCUGGAGAAGAAAACCAGAUAAAUUUUUGGAAGAAAUGGCCAUGGAAGAUGCCGAAUAUUGGAUCGAUGCGCUAGCCUUGUUUGGUUUUUUCAUCGGAAUGAGGGUAAUAGGAUAUUUUGUGCUGCGCUGGAAGCUUUAUUCUCUCCGGUGAUUUAUAUAGUGCAACCAUAUUCGUGCAACCCUCAAGAAAAGUACAUGGAUUUGAAAGAAAUCAGACUUUAAGUAAAAGUCCACGAUAACUAUUUGUAGAGGUUUAUUUGGUUUCAUUUUCUAAACGAGGCCGAUGCAUCACAACAAUGACUUAAAAGUUUUAAGUUGAAACUCUUUCGGGAGUUCUUCUAGAGAAUAACUUUCAGUGUUGACCUUUUUCGUAGAAUCGUUACUUUCUUAAUUUGGUUGGAUAUGCUUGUGAAAAAAAAUAAAAAAAACAGGAUUUAAAGGGCUUUUUCACAGUAAAAAAGGUUAAUUUUGAAAUUAACCUUGAAGAUUAAGCUAUCAUCGGAUGCUUUAAACGGCCAACACUCACAUUCAAGGAACCCACGAUCAUAUCGGACAGCUAUCGGAGGCAAAGAAAACAUAGAAUCUCGAGCUAUGAUGAAAUUUAAACCAGUGGCAUAGCUUAUUUCAAAAUCUAAGAAACCAUACAAAUCAUUGAGUAACUAACAAAUACAGCUUUGAUAGCAUAAGCUAAUUCCAACCGUUUUAGAUUAGCAUUUAUAACAAAUUCAACAUGUUUUCAAAAUAGAAAUAACAAUCACAGACUGCAUCAAGUUAUGUAUAUAA